CAACACUAUAAACCCACUAGCAAAGUGAAGAAUACUUCCGAGGGUGAGGAGUAGACUGCAACCUGCGACUAUCUUCUCCAGCAAAAAUUGCUUAUACUUUCAGUGGCAGAUCGGGCGACCAAUCCACGAUCGCAACCCCGUUCACUGUACUAUCACCCGCACGCUCACAAAGAAGUGAAAAAAAAUGGGGAGAUCAACGCCAUCAAAAGAUGCCCAAGCACUUUUUCAUUCUCUUCACUCUGCAUAUGCUGCAACCCCCACUAAUCUCAAGAUCAUCGACUUAUAUAUUUUGUUUGCAGUUUUCACUGCUGUAAUUCAGCGUUCAGGUCUGUUUGAACCUCGCAUUUUCGGCGUCUGUCUUUCACUCGCAGUUGCCGGCUGUUCGGUCUUCCUCUCCCACAUGGCAGACAAAUUCAGGACCUCUCGCAGUCUUGAGUCACGGCUCAUAGGUUGAUCUUGUCGGUUGUGUUGCUGGCGUCGCCUGAGAGAUCGUAGAUACUCUGGUUCUCCUGUUUUUGUUGGGCUGAGGUGUGUUAUUUGGAUUGAAGUUUAAAUAAUAGUGUUUGGUUUUCUUUUUUGGUUUGGGCCAUUGUUUAAGUGAUUAUGCUGUUGGGCUUGUAGUUGAUUAAGUGCUUAGUUGUUGGGCUAUUGUUUUGGGCCAUUAUUUCAGUGAAUAAGUAGCUGGAUUGUUUUCUUUUCAAGUGAUUAAUAGUUGGACUGGGCUAUCAUUAUUUGUGUUAUUUUUGUCUUUAAUUAGUUGUCUGGACCUUGUGUUUCAUUAACAUAGAUGAUAAGCAAAAACAUUUAGCUGUGACUGAUGUCAUUCCAGUAAUGUCCAAAAUCACGGAUCAUAAGUUGGUUGGUCCAAAUUAUUUAGAUUGGUGUAAGACAGUUCGAAUUUAUUUGCGGAGUAUUUCUAUGGAUAAUCACCUUACUGAAUAUCCACCAAAGGAUAAUACCAACCAAACAUGGCUAAGAGAUGAUGCUCGAUUAUUCUUACAAAUUCAAAAUUCCUUGACACUGACAUAGUUAGUCUGAUUGAUCAUUGUGAGUAUGUUAAAAAAUUGAUGGAAUAUUUAGAAUUUAUGUACUUUGGGAAAGGAAAUGUGCC